AUACUCCGUCGCUCAAAGAUGACGUCAGUUUAACAACACAGUUAAAAACCCGCCUGGGAGCUCUACUGGAGUCUUACAAUACAGAAGCAGCUUUCUGAAUCAAAACGAUACAAAAAAAAAAACAAAAAAAAAACACGAAGACAACAACUGUCAUGUCUGUGAAUUAUGCAGCCGGACUCUCUCCGUACGCAGAUAAAGGCGUCUGCGGACUUCCAGAGACGUUUGAUAAUCCUGAGGACCUGAAGGCGAAGGUGGAGACCCUCGCUCAGCUGAUAAAAGAAUCUGAGUACUUGGUUGUCCACUCAGGAGCAGGAAUCAGCACCUCGUCAGGCAUCCCAGACUUCAGGGGUCCAAAGGGUGUUUGGACGUUAGAGGAAAAGGGCGAGUCACCUCAUUUUGACACGACAUUUGAAAAUGCCCGGCCCAGCUUGACUCACAUGGCCCUCCUGGGACUGCAGAGAGCCGGGUACCUCAAGUAUCUCAUCAGCCAGAACGUGGACGGUCUGCAUGUCCGAUCAGGUUUCCCCAGGGAUUUGUUAUCAGAGCUUCAUGGGAACAUGUUUGUGGAGGAGUGUGAGAAGUGUGGCAGACAGUACGUGAGAGAAAAAGUGAUCGGUGUGAUGGGGCUGAAGCCGACAGGACGGCGCUGCGAUGUGGUACGAUCCCGAGGACUCCGAGCAUGCAGAGGAAAGCUGAUAAGCACUAUACUGGACUGGGAGGAUGCUCUUCCUGACAGAGACCUGAACAAAGCAGAUGAAGCCAGCAGGCGAGCAGACCUGGCACUGACGCUCGGCACCUCCAUGCAGAUCAAACCCAGCGGAGACCUUCCGCUCCUCACCAAGCGCAAGGGAGGGAAAGUGGCCAUCGUCAACCUGCAGCCCACGAAACACGACAAACAUGCGCACCUGCGUAUCCAUGGCUACGUGGACGAGGUCAUGAAACAGCUAAUGGAGUUGCUGGAAUUGGAAAUACCAAAGUGGGAAGGUCCGACCGUCUGCGAUAGCUCCACAGCUGACUCCACCACCGCCGCCGUCAAACCACCACGAGGAGUUGCCGCAAAGCGAAAGGUGAAGGAGGAGGAGGAGGAGGAGGAGGAGGAGAGGAAAAGAGAAGCGGCAGCACUAACAGACGAUGUGAGCGUCGAGGAGGAGACGGGCACACAAAACCCGUCCAGGAAAAAAAAAAAACUUACAGCAGAGGACACACACGGGGAGAAGAGGGGGAACUUCUUCUCAUCUUCAGCCCUCAAAGACUCUUCUUGUACUGUCGCUGUUUUCUUAAAUCCCAGAUGAACCACAGAACUGUUCUGUAAAACUGACUCCAGAGCUGAAAGUGAGCCUCAUGAAGCUAAAACUUUUUUUUUUUUUUUUUUUUUUUUUUUAGGGUAAGAAGACGACAAAAUGUUAGAUUGGGACUGUUUUUGAUAUCUGGUCAAACAACUUUGCAGAUUAUUAGAGAACUUGGAGUACAAACGAGAUGAGAUCUGGAGCACACGGUUAUAUUUAAGCUAUUAAUAAGGUGUAUAAAGUUGCUGCACCUUAUUAAAAAGCUUUAUUAAUAACAGGAUGCUCCAGAUCUCGUCCCUAGAGAUGAGAAGAGCGAUUCAAAAGAAGAGGAUAUGAAGUCAGCAUCGAUAGGUUGGUUCAUCUAGUAGGCUUGUAACAUUCAGGGGAACAUCGUAGAUUAUUAUUAUUUUUAUUGUUUUCUAAAUUAACCGUUCUCUCGGAACUCAUUGUCAGUUCUUGCAAUACAAAAUAAUUUUCUUUUCUUUUUUUUUUUUAUCCUCAACAAUUGCAAAUGCGAACGAUCUCAAACCGUCAAACUGCUUCUCUCAUCGUACGCGAGGUUCCUCUUCUGGCGAGAUUUAUAAUUGCACCUGUUUUUGUGAAAUAAUGGAGCACCUGCUGCUGAUUGGCUGUGAAAGGUUUGUAAUCACACUGAAAGUUUCUAGGAAACUUCACAGGAAAAAAGCGUUGCACUCUGUACUGUCUUUUUUUUUAUAUAUAUAUAUACGUUUAAUCGGGUAAUAAACGCAACACGCUCCUGCAGGAA